UAACCAAGGGUCAGGGGUCAAACUGGGCUCGCGACGUGACGAAAUCGCUUAGCGACGCGAUUGGGCACAACCCAAUGAAAAUCCGCCACGUAAGCACGUGGACAGAGGCUGCCGCAGUACGGAUUUCCGUCUAGGUUCAAUGAACCUAGAAAGGCCGCUCUCUUCUCAGGUUCUUAUUUAAUCCUGAAUUUCGACGGCCGACGAGAACAGGUCAAAAACAGAGAGAUAGAGAGAGAAUUCAGAGAUGGCGCUCGCUUUUGCCUCUUCUUCUUCUUCUGCAUCCACCGCGGUUUCUGGUUCUAGCUUCCCAUUUUCCUCUUCUUCUUCUGAGCUUAAAGCUCCACAAAUCGGUUCGUUCCGGCUAGUGGAUCGGGAUCGCACUCAUGCUCUAUCCCGAGCCGUGAACUUCUCCCAAAGACGGUGCUCGGUCAAGCCGGUCAACGCCGAACCUAAACGAAAUGACUCGAUUGUCCCUCUUGCGGCAACGAUUGCUGCCUCUGAAGUGGUGGAGAAGGUAGAGGUGGAGGACUAUGAGCGAUUAGCUAAAGAGCUUGAAAAUGCUUCCCCUCUAGAGAUUAUCGACAAGGCCCUUGAGAAGUUCGGCAACGACAUUGCAAUUGCUUUCAGUGGUGCUGAAGAUGUUGCUCUGAUUGAGUAUGCACACCUAACGGGUAGACCGUAUAGAGUCUUCAGCCUGGACACUGGGAGGCUAAACCCAGAAACUUACCAAUUCUUUGACCAAGUGGAGAAGCAUUAUGGCAUCCGCAUUGAAUACAUGUUUCCUGACGCUGUCGAAGUGCAGGCAUUAGUAAGGAACAAGGGUUUGUUUUCUUUUUAUGAGGAUGGGCACCAGGAGUGUUGCCGCGUGAGGAAGGUAAGGCCCCUGAGGAGGGCCCUUAAGGGGCUUCGUGCCUGGAUCACAGGCCAACGAAAAGAUCAAUCUCCAGGUACUAGGUCUGAGAUUCCAAUUGUCCAAGUGGACCCAGUGUUUGAGGGGAUGGAUGGCGAGAUUGGGAGCUUGGUAAAGUGGAAUCCAGUGGCAAACGUUCAGGGUCAAGACAUAUGGAACUUUCUCCAUACCAUGAAUGUGCCUGUGAAUUCAUUGCACUCACAAGGAUACAUCUCAAUUGGUUGUGAGCCAUGCACAAGGCCUGUCUUACCAGGGCAGCAUGAGAGGGAGGGAAGAUGGUGGUGGGAGGAUGCCAAGGCUAAGGAGUGUGGCCUCCACAAAGGAAAUAUCAAGGAAGAAAACAGAGCUCAACUAAAUGGUAUUGAAAAUGGAGCAGCCCAUGCAAAGGGAACUGCCACGGUUCCUGACAUUUUCAACAGCCAGAAUCUGGUUAACUUGAGCAGAAAUGGGAUAGAGAAUUUGGCAAGAUUGGAGAAACGGAAAGAACCAUGGAUUGUUGUGCUCUAUGCACCAUGGUGCCCCUUCUGCCAGGCAAUGGAAGCCUCAUACGUUGAGUUGGCUGAGAAAUUAGCAGGGACGGGUGUUAAGGUGGGAAAGUUCAGGGCAGACGGGGAGCAUAAGGAGUAUGCCCAGCGAGAACUGCAACUAGGCAGCUUCCCCACAAUACUUUGCUUCCCCAAAGGCUCUUGUCGGCCAAUAAAGUAUCCUUCCGAGAAGAGGGAUGUUGAAUCCUUGAUGGCUUUUGUCAACGCUCUUCGGUGAUGGGAAUGUGUUAAAAAAGUCGAUCCAAGACUUUUUCAAGUUCAUUUUUCAAGUUUUGCUUUUUCCACCACAGCAAAAUUGGUACUCAUUACGUGCCAGUAGUAUUAAAAUUUAAGAGAGUAGUGUCUUUGUAUAUUGUUGGUAUCCGUUUUCCUUUUUCAUUUUGUUGUUGUUGUUAUUGGUGUAAGAGUAGCUUGUAAUAUGCAAUUUUGGAAGUUUAUUGUUCA